AGUUUUGAUUGGUAAAGUGACAGGUAUCAUUGUCAGCCUUGACAACUUUAAUCUUUACGUUGAACUGCAUCUUUCUGUUGGCUGUAAACAGGUCCCGGCAGUUAACAUCAAGUUAAUGAUAAAUGUUCAGUUAUUGGCUUAUUUGGAAAGUGGUUGUAGUCUUCUUGGCACAUCAUCGAGCCCAGUAAUUAAUAUAGUUAUAGAUGGCAAUCCUCCAUUGGGCAUUGACCUCAAAUUACUUGAUGCACUUUUGACAUCGGUUACAAAUGCUGUAACGCCAACUGUGGAGCAUAUAUUGAAUGUCGUCCUGCUUGCAAUAAAUUGUCCUGCCAAGUUAUUCACAAAUGUUCAGAUGAUAGGUGAUGAACCAUGUAACUUUGAAUUACAGCAGCUGCUCACAGAAAAUGGCCUUGUUACAGGAACAUGUUGUUUAAUUACUAAAGAAGGAUCUGAAUGCUCGGACGGGACGGUCAAACUGGAAGAUGGUGCUCUUUCGGUUUUCGCAAUAACAAACGGCAUGCUUAAAAGCAUUUUGACACUUGCAUUCCAACAUUCUCUAUAUACGGUGCAAGUUCCCACACAAUUGUUGGGUGAUCUUGUCGCUCAGUAUGGAAAUGAUAUCUACUUACACAUAAGCAUUGAAAAGAUAAAUGACUGUUCAUUUACAACUGAAGGAGCUUACGCACAAAUAACAGUGAACCUUGACCUCAUAAUCAAGGAAACAGCAGAACCGAUAUUGUCCUUUAGCAUUGUAAGUCAAUAUAUUUUUACUGAAACAAAACGAACCUAAACA